AUGACGCCAAAUCCGUCCGCUGACCUGCAUCCUGUGCCUGCGUUGACCGACAGCCCUCAUGCAAGUUUUUGGGAUCUAGCUGCAUUGCUAUCGUCAACUUCUGAUACCUACCUACUACACAUAUCUGCGGAUAUCAACCACACACUAGCAAAUACCUGCAGCCACUCCAAUCGCACACCGAUGCCUGCUUUCGAAAUUCCAGAAGGACUCGGCGAAAUCAUGCAUAGUGAGGCCGGUGGUGGUGGUGGUGGUGGUGGUGGUGGUGGUGCUACUGCUGCUUUCCAUCUACAAGCCUUGCAGACCUUGAAACCAGCAGUCUACAUGUCUUUCCACGGCCAAGGCGAUGAACCAAAAGGACGGGCUGCUAACCCGGGGCUCUCAUAG